AAAAUAAGUCCGGCCUCUCCUCCUUGGGUGAAGGUUCAUUGCGGUGACUCUUUCACGUUAGCUGUCUGCCACUGUGGAAUAAAACACUUCAGCUACGAUGUCUGGCCGUGUUCUGGUUGGAGUUAAACGUGUCAUUGACUAUGCCGUUAAGAUUCGCGUGAAGCCGGACAACAGCAGCGUGGUGACGGAUGGAGUUAAACACUCGAUGAACCCCUUCUGUGAGAUCGCAGUCGAGGAGGCGGUCAAGCUGAAGGAGAAGAAGCUUAUUAAGGAGGUUGUGGCUGUCAGCUGUGGGCCUCAGCAAGCUCAGGAGACCAUCCGCACUGCCCUCGCCAUGGGAGCAGACCGUGGCAUCCACGUGGAGGUGUCUGGGAAAGACUAUGAAACCUUGGGACCUCUGCAGGUUUCCAAGAUCAUGGCUGCUUUGGCCAAAAAGGAGGAUGCCCUGCUUGUCAUACUCGGCAAACAGGCCAUUGAUGAUGACUGCAACCAGACAGGUCAGAUGACAGCAGCCUUAUUGGACUGGCCUCAGGGAACCUUUGCAUCAGAAUUGGGAUUAGACGGAGACAAAAUCAAAGUGGUGAGAGAAAUUGACGGUGGCCUGGAAACUAUUAAGAUCAGCACACCUGCAGUGAUUACUGCAGACCUCCGACUCAACACCCCCAGAUAUGCCACCCUGCCUAACAUCAUGAAAGCCAAGAAGAAGAAGAUUGCUAAGGUACAGCCUGCAGAGUUAGGGGUGGAUCUCACAUCACGGUUGGAGGUGCUGAGAGUUGACGAGCCUCCACAGAGACUGGCGGGUGUGAAGGUGGAGACAGUGGAUGACCUGGUGGGCAAACUGAAAGAUUCAGGGAAGGUAUAGAGGCUUCAAGAGCAUACCCAGGGGAGCACAGACUGAGCAACAGGGACUCACUAAUGAAUAUCUUGACUGUUUUACAUAAGCACGCCCGGAGGACUAGCUUAUGUACCGGUCUAAUCCCUCUGUUUGAGACUGUGGAUCCUGAGGAUGCACAGGAGGUACGGACAGGAGACGGGGAGUACUGAGACACACUUUACUUCAGCAGACCUAAACAAACACAAAGAUUCAUCUUGUCUUUUAUGUGCAUUUUAAUCUAAAAGGGUGGUUCCCCUGAAUGAUGGGCCACAGAUCUAACUUUAGCAAUCUUUAUGCAAUAACUGAAACCCAGAAGCUUCCUAUCAUCCAUGCCUCUGUUUGUAUCGCAGUGCACAUUAAGGCCACCAGUACGGUGCAUUUCACUGACAGUCGCAGCUGUUUGAUCUUGUAUAUCUGUUGUCACACAUGUUAAGAGGUGCAGUUAUUGUAAAUGAUAUGUAAAUAUGGACCCAAACAUGAUGAGAUGAUUAUGUUCUUCAAGAUUAGUGUUCAAUCUACUGAGAAUUUGUAUAGUUUGUGUAACUGGGUUUCAGUUCUGCCUAGAGAGAGUUCUGCCUCAUGAUGAACAAGAGAAGGUGAUCAUAAAUCAAAAUGUAACCCUAAGCGCCUCAAUUCACUGUUGAUUGUACAGAACUUUACCAUGACAAUAAAGCAGCCAGUCUUUUUCAUAUCUAAA